AUGGCUCCAGCACCUUCCGAUCGCCCAUCAACCUCCCCCGUUACUGCCAAAGCACCACCUACCGGGCCAAAAGCCAGUCGAGGACCUGUCGUCAAUGGUCACGCGCCGCCGGCCAGCAUACCGGAGAAGCGCAAGCCUUUCUCUAUUGCCUUCCCUACAAAUGCCGCAGCUGGACCAAGCAGGCCGCAGAAUGGGCAACUCCGUCCAUCAGUGCCAGCGGGGCCUGCUCGCGGUCUGCCUCCGAAUGCAUUCGGGCAGUACUCGGGCCAGCAGAAUGGGCAUCAACAGCGGUACCAGUCUGGUGGGCAGCCGGCGUACACUCAGCAGCGCCCGCAUGCCGCGCAUCCGCUGAACGGCUCACUUCCACACCACACACAGCCAAAUGGAUCCCGUCAACCUCCGGCCGGUCCGUCACGCUCGGUCCCUCCACCACCACCAUCAGAGCCGCCCCCACCACCUCCAUCUGCGAAGGAACCCCCUCCGCCGGCACGAGCAGCACAUUCACCCGAUACCCCUCCCCACCUCGCACGCAAACCUCCACCUCCGAUAGCCACUCCAGCUCGGAUUCCUGCGGACGACCCACCUCAGACACCACCCAUCGUCCCAGACUACCAGUCCAAAUGGCUGCCUUCGGAGAAGGCCGUACGAGCCCCGGUCAAGAUCAGCCUCUCUACCUUGCCUAUGGCCAAGCUCCCUCCACGCGUAAAGCCCAGCUCCAAGUUGGAGGCGGUCGAAUUGCGCUUGGAGACGGGGCGAGUCUUUGUGAUGGCUUCACCUCCGCGCAAGGGCGAGUCAGCGCGUCCACAUUCUCCAAAUGGCCAUUCUCCACCUCCUCCCCCACCAUCGGCUCGUCCACCAUCCCCUCCACUACGGAAAUCGCCGCCUCCCUCUCCACCUCGCGGAGCUCCACCUGCCCCUCCACCCCUCGAAGCCUCAGACAAAGACCGAGACUCGGCGAGCGUGUCUCCAACUACCUCCACCUCGCGACCGCGGAUAAAGCGACCAGAAAAACCACCUCGGGUCAAUUGUCCGCCAACUCCUCCCCCACCACCCGUAACCAGACUUCCUACCCCACCUCCGCCUGCCCGCAAUGCGUCGUCAAUACCCUUGCCGCCACCCUACCACUUUCGAGAUUUGGCUCCGGCCCGUCCCGCAGACUCAGAAUCGGACGACGAGUCUCGCUCGUCAGAGAGGCGGACUCCUAGACGUGAUUCUCCCGAGGAGUCUCCUCCUCGCCUAGUAUCUCCACCCCGGAGAAGGCGGACACCGACGCCAGAGCCGGCGAAGGAGCCGGAGUGGACGCCUCCGGCGUGUUUCCACAACAGGGAGGCGGGUAGUUUUUUGAAGACUUUUGCGACAGAGGGGAAGGCAGAGGCGGUACGAAAGGAUGGGAAGGAAAAGGAAGGCUUCAUGAAGGUGGUCGACCCACGGCUAUUGGAGGUGCCAAAGGCAAAGCGGCCAAGACUGUUCUCUGAACUCCAAUGGGACUGGCAGGACGAUGUUUCCGUCGGCAAGAAACCCCUCUCUCCACCUACAGCGGUCCUCAUCACUCAGCUGAACCCGCUCACCACUGCCGACCAGAUCAAGACCAUGAUUCGACAGUACGGGACGAUACGCAAUUUCGACAACAAGGUGCACCCAAAGACCGGAAUGCAGAUGGGAAUAUGCUGGAUCCAGUUUGACGAGCCCAAGAAGCAAGCGGGGAAACUCUCGACAGCGUACGAUGUCGCGGUCAACUUUGUCAAGGCCUGCGACGGGAUGAGGGUCGGGAGGCAGCCGGACGAGCGGAUCAAGGUUGUGCUGGAUGGAAGAGGCGAAAGGGCGAUACAGGCGGUCAAGGAGGCAACCGCGCCAAGAGAGACGCGGGAGAAGCCAGGUAUGGUGGUGUCCAAUCCACCUCCGGUCAAAGCUCCAAUCGCAGCUCCCCCAGCGGCGGCACCAGCGGCAACGGCUACCCCAAAGCUUCCGGCGAUACCCACACCGGUGUCCCGACCGGUAUCCACUCCCGUCAGCGGCCACGCCACGCCAAUGGUUACCGCCAAUGCUGGUGAGGAGCGCAAGCUCCCUAUUGCUGUACCCCUCACCGGGAGAGUAUACGGCUUGCCGAAUCGUCCGACUCAACCGUCGUCAUUCGCUCCGCGGGUUGCUCAACCCGUCCCUCCUCCCCGUCCGGCGGUUCGCGAUACCUACCAGCCCCCUUCUGGUAGGAGCUCGACUUACCCCACUUCCUAUCCCGCACGACCCCCCACCAAUCCCCCUAUCAACGGCUCGGCGUAUCCCUCUACCUAUGCUGCGGCUCACACCAACACCUAUCAGCAAGCACCAUCUCGGCCAUCGACAUCGCAACAACUCCCUUCAUCCUUCACCGAGGCGCCGUUCGGUCUUCCGAGAAGGCGCAGAGAUAGUAGCAGUAAGAGGGAAAGUGGGAAUGGGCGGUACAGCAGGGAUAGGGGGCGAGGUUAUAGCAGGGACAGCAGGGACAGAAGUACCAGCAGAGACCGCGGACGCAAAGCCGACCACUACAUUGCUUCCCGCUCGUCUUCCUACUCUCGAUCCCCAUCCCGCUCGCGUUCUCCCCGGCGUCGUCCUCUGCCCCGCAGACCUCGAGACCGCCGCCAUCCUAGCGACUGCUCGACGUGCGAUUCGGACUCCGAUUCGGAUUCGGACAUGCGGGGGAGGCGAAAGUUGGCUCCCAAGUCCAAGGGGAAAUCUGCAGCUCAGCAGAAGGAGAUGGAGAGGACCAAGGCGGCGCUGGAGGCGAAUGGCAAACCGGCGCUGUAUGUCGUGGGGCCGAACCUCGCGAAGGCUCAGGCCAGCGAGGAGGAUCUCAAAGACCACUUUAAGAAGUUCAAGCCUGAAUCUAUCCUGAGCUCUGGCGAUGGCUUUUACGUCCUCUUCACCGAGUUCUCGGGCGCCAAAGACGCCACAUUCCUCGACAAAACGGUCUGGCGAGGCUGCAAGCUCAGCUUGACGGUCAAAUCGGAUCACGUCAAAGCUCUCCCCAACGACGCUACGGGCAUGGACAAGUCCAUGGCGGCCGCAGGUAAGAUGAGCUGGCAGAUGAUGACGAUUGGGAAGCGGAAGGUAGCGCAGCCUGCCAAGCCUGUCCCGGUGGUGGCUAUUCCCAAGAGGGCUCCGCCAGCGCGGAAGAAGGUGGAGACGGACUCGGAGGAGGAGCGGCCAGUAUCGCGAUCGAAAGGCAGGGCGCGGGCGUACACCUCGUCCAGCAGCGACCUGUCGGAAGAGGAGGAGAAGGCCGUCAAGCCUAAACCCAAGUCUACGCCCAAAACCACGCCCAAACGCGCCAGGCCUACCGUUUCUACCGCGGAUACCCCUAUACGUACCCCGUCGCCAUCCCCGCCCCCACCCGUCAUCGAAGAGGUCGUCGAGGAAGUCGUCGAGGAGGAAGAGGCGGUACUGGCGCCCAAAGCGCAGGCUGGGAAGAAGCGAGCAGGGACGGCCAAGACCUCCAAGAAGGGCAAAAAGGCUCGGAUCGAGUCGCCUGCUCCCCUCGUCGAGGCUCCUCCGCCUCCAGAGCCCGAGGUCGCCGAGAUUACCAUUGCUCCGAAGAAGCAGCCAGCGUCCAAAAAGGCCAAGGUCAAAAAGGUCCCAGCUGGACCGCUGGACAAGCUGGUCGCGGACGGACUCGUCGAGGACGAGGAGGACGCGUACUUCUUGUCCCAAGUCCUCGAGGAGGCGCCGGAGCCCGAGCCAUCGGACGAAUCCGACGAGGAGGCGGACCUUCUUCCCGAGGGACACCCACUGUUCCACUCUUCCGGCUCUUGGCGAGCCCAAGGGGUCCGCAAGGUCCCUCACGCCCCCAAAUCCGCGUACCUACCCCAGCGAAACCGAGCCCAAGCUGCAGCGGAGGCCACAGCCGCCUCCGCCAACGGCCCCGGCCUCACCACCGGCCGGACCGCCCGUGUCACCGGUCGUCGUCUUGCCCUUGAUAUGGAAACCCAUCGCAAGACCACCAUCAACACGGCCGAGUCGGAUCUCUUUGCCUUCAACCAGCUCCGGAUCCGGAAGAAGCAGCUCCGGUUCGCACGGUCCGCGAUUGAGGGGUAUGGGCUGUAUGCGAUGGAGACGAUCCAGACGGGCGAGAUGGUGUGCGAGUAUGUGGGCGAGCUGAUCAGGUCGGUAGUCGCCGACUUGAGAGAAGCCAAGUAUACCAAGCAGGGGAUAGGGAGCAGUUAUCUCUUCAGGAUAGACGGGGAUGUCGUGUGUGAUGCGACGUUCAGGGGGAGCGUUAGUCGUCUGAUCAAUCACUCGUGUGAUCCCUCGGCAUCAGCCAAGAUCAUCUCCAUCAACGGCCAAUCCAAGAUCGUCAUCUAUGCUAAACGCCAAUUAUCCCCAGGCGAGGAGAUACUGUACGACUACAAGUUCCCGCUCGAGUCAGAUCCAGCGCUGAGGGUGCCGUGUCUGUGCGGAUCAAAGAUAUGUCGGGGGUUCCUGAAUUAG